CAAUGAGCGGUCGUAAUCUCUUUGUGGGAUUUUCAUGGGCAUACUGUAUGCACAUAUUCUAAUCUUCACUUCUUCAAGAAGCCAGAUCUCUCAUUACCACGAUUGUUGGGUGGCAUUCGCUUUUUUAAAAAGAGAAGCUAGAAAAAAAAAAGAAAGGGAGAAAGGCCAAAAAAAAGCAAAAGAAAAGAAAACGGAAAGGAAAAUGGAAACAAAUUGUACUAGCGAGCAUUUUCUGAAUUGGUCAAAUAAACAUCUGGGUGCGCGCACGAUCCGACUCAGGCUGUGGUCGAUACAAAAGAAGUUCAGAUGCUGUACUGAUGUCCGCUCAAGCGCCAGGCAGCCUUGAAUCUUUUGAACUCGCGCCCUUCAAGUGUGGGGAAGCUUUGGGGACAUGACAUAUCAACUGCCUAUCAUAUACCAUGUAAAGUGGGUACAGUACAACAACACAGAACAUACUAUAACGCAGUGUUCCGAUGAGAGAC